AUGAGCGUGGCGUCUCCCGAGCGCCGAGUCUCCCAAGCGCCGAGUCUCAAAGCCCCAGCGCCGAGAGCAAAUAAAUAUCCCCAGCGCCGAGGCCAUAAAUUACCAAAGGUUCUGCUCAGUGAUGAAGAAGUGACGAGGGUUACCUUCUCUUUUAAAAUUGUAUCAAUGAGGUUAAUGAGUCUCCCCAGUGCCGAGUCUCCCCAGUGCAGAGUCUCCCCAGCGCCGAGUCUCCCCAGUGCCGAGUCUCCCCAGUGCCGAGUCUCCCCAGUGCCGAGUCUCCCCAGUGCCGAGUCUCCCCAGUGCCGAGUCUCCCCAGUGUCGAGUCUCCCCAGUGCCGAGUCUCCCCAGUGCCGAGUCUCCCCAGUGCCGAGUCUCCCCAGUGUCGAGUCUCCCCAGUGUCGAGUCUCCCCAGUGCCGAGUCUCCCCAGUGUCGAGUCUCCCCAGUGCCGAGUCUCCCCAGCGCCGAGUCUCCCCAGUGCCGAGUCUCCCCAGCGCCGAGUCUCCCCAGCGUCGAGUCUCCCCAGUGCCGAGUCUCCCCAGUGCCGAGUCUCCCCAGCGUCGAGUCUCCCCAGUGCCGAGUCUCCCCAGUGCCGAGUCUCCCCAGUGCCGAGUCUCCCCAGUGCCGAGUCUCCCCAGUGCCGAGUCUCCCCAGUGCCGAGUCUCCCCAGUGCCGAGUCUCCCCAGUGCCGAGUCUCCCCAGUGCCGAGUCUCCCCAGUGCCGAGUCUCCCCAGCGCCGAGUCUCCCCAGUGCCGAGUCUCCCCAGCGCCGAGUCUCCCCAGUGCCGAGUCUCCCCAGUGCCUAGUCUCCCCAGUGCCGAGUCUCCCCAGUGCCGAGUCUCCCCAGUGCCGAGUCUCCCCAGCGCCGAGUCUCCCCAGUGCCGAGUCUCCCCAGUGCCGAGUCUCCCCAGCGCCGAGUCUCCCCAGUGCCGAGUCUCCCCAGUGCCGAGUCUCCCCAGUGCCGAGUCUCCCCAGUGCCGAGUCUCCCCAGUGCCGAGUCUCCCAAGCGCCGAGAGCAAAUAA